CUGCUCGGUGCGUGCAGCUCCGACAACAUUGCCUCUGUUUUUGUAUGGCAGCAUUAGGAUCCAACCAGCCUAAACUCAUAUAACCCCUUUAUCUCAGUCGUCACCAGCCCCAGAUAUUUCCGAUGCAUGCCUGGAAACAGAAAAUAAAUUUAAAAAUUAAUUAAAUAUGAACGGAGUGACCGCCGCCACCUGCCUGCUCGUCGCCGGGUUAUCCUACUACCUCUACGGCAGCGAUGUGUUAUCGGUGCUCCGUGUCUCUUUUGCAGACCACAUGCCCGAGCCGGGAGCUCCGAGGCGGACCCCGCAGGGAGUCCCGUACGCCGACCUGCAGCACAUCGUCAACGCCGACGGACUGCACCUGUUCUGCCGCUACUGGGAGCCCGCCGGCCCGCCAAGAGCUCUGGUGUUCGUGGCUCACGGGGCAGGAGAGCAUUGUGGGCCGUACGAUGAGAUCGCACAGAGACUGAAGGAGCUGUCCCUGCUAGUAUUCGCGCACGACCACGUUGGUCACGGUCAGAGCGAAGGAGAGAGGAUGAACAUCAAGGACUUCCAGGUUUACAUCAGAGACUCCCUGCAGCACAUCGACCUGAUGAAGUCCCGCUACCCCGACCUGCCCGUCUUCAUCGUGGGUCACUCCAUGGGCGGCGCCAUCUCCAUCCUGACGGCCUGCGAGCGGCCCGCUGACUUUGCAGGAGUGGUUCUGAUCGCCCCCAUGGUCCAGAUGAACCCCGAGUCGGCCACACCGUUCAAGGUUUUUCUGGCCAAGGUGCUGAACCACAUGGUGCCCAGCCUGUCUCUGGGCUCCAUCGAGUCCAAAUGGGUGUCACGCGAUAAGAAACAGGUCGAGGCGUAUGAUGCUGACGAGCUGAACUUCCACGGCGGGAUGCGGGUGUCAUUCGGCAUGCAGCUGAUGGGGGCGGCGGCGCGCAUCGAGAGGGAGAUCCCGUCCAUCACCUGGCCCUUCCUGCUCCUGCACGGCGACGCCGACAAGCUCUGCGACAUCAGAGGCUCCAAAAUGAUGUGCGAGAAAGCCGCGAGCACGGACAAGAAACUCAAGGUGUAUGAGGGAGGCUACCACGCCCUUCACCACGACCUCCCAGAGGUGGCGGAGUCGGUGCUGAAGGAGGUGAGCGGCUGGAUCACAGAGCGUCUCCCUGCCACGACACAACAACCACAACAACAACAGGAAAAACAACAACAACAAGAAGGCUCCUAGACUCACACCUUCUCCCACCCAGUAAAGGCAACGGCUGACCUCGUCCCCAGGAGGCCUCCCCGCCAUCCAGUAGUGUCGUUUAGGCUUCGCUCCGAUUUGUAGAGUACUCCUCACCUCUUAAACAGAGUGCACCCAAAGUCCCUCUCUCCAGCCAUAACACUAUAUGUCAGCCUCUUUUCCUGGACAUCUAGGAGACAUCCCCUCUUUAUUUUGGGGAAUAUAGACCAUCCUUGCAUUAUUUUCUUGGCAUACAAUAUUUUUCCACCUUUUUUCCUCUGGUCAUGCACUGAACAAACACCUCUUUCACCUCGUGCAUAUAGAACAUAUCCACUUCUUUCUUUGUGCAUCAUAGAAUAUACCUAUCUCUCUAAUUUACCCACCAAAUUUCCAUUGACUUACACAGCAAACUGGAUGGUGAGGUCAGAAACCACUGCUAACCUAAUGUUGCCCUCUUGGGUGAAGUUGAUCCUGAAAUUCAGAGGCCUGUUUGGCAAAUUCCCCUGCUUGACAGAUAGGAACAUGGAUGUUUCUCGUAGUAGCAUUUUUGUUUCCAGCCCCAGUGGGGUCAUUUGGUUGCCAUCUCAGUACCACCGCCAUUAGACGUUCAUUAGAUGCACUGUGCAGAAGUAGCAUGAGAGAGUGAUGCUUCAUACACACUGAUUCAGACUUUUUAAGCAGUGGUUGAUUAUAUUAGUGUGAUCAUUUGUGAGGGAAGUUUGCAGGUCAGAGAUCAAAGGUCACUAAUCAGGGUCAGCCACAGAACAGCGCUCCAUGCAGCAGGGUUUGAUCAUGGCUGUUCCAGGUGAUGGACCCCGUCGCCCCGUCAGUGUCACAGCUGUGUGACAGGUAGUGCUUCAUGCAAGUCUUAACCGAGUCAGCUGCACAAUAUCACUGUAUCAAAUACACAGUAUCAGUGAGACAGUGCGAUCUUUAGAUAAUUACAGCAUUGAUUCCCGGGUUUGCAAAU